AUGGCAUCUAACAUUACUUCAGGAGCUCUUGAGCACAUGUCGUCAUUUUUGAUUGAGCAGCGAAGCUGGCUCGAGACCAAGUGGGAGAACUACUACAAUUGGAUGGACAACGAUAUCCUGGCUACUGGUUUCCUUUUAUUGACCGUCCACGAGCUCGCCUACUUUGGCCGCUCGUUCCCGUUCAUGAUUUUGGACAUGAUCCCGGCAAUGCGCAAAUACAAGAUCCAGGACAACCGGCCGCCUACUUACAAGCAGUAUUUGGAGUGUCUGCGCUCUGUUAUGCUCGCUCAUGUGUUUGUCGAGGCCGUGCCUAUUUUUGGCUUCCACUUUGUUUGCGACUUUUUCAACAUUUCUUAUCGUGCUCCUUUCCCUUCUCUUUGGACGAUGUUUUACCAGCUUGCCAUUUUCUUCCUUCUUGAGGAUACUUGGCACUAUUGGGGCCACCGCCUAUUGCAUACCCGCUACCUCUACAAGAACGUUCACAAGCAGCACCACAAGUACGCGGCUCCCUUCGGUUUGACUGCUGAGUAUGCUCACCCCGUGGAGGUUGCCUUCACCGGUGUUGGCACUGUAGGCUCGCCUCUUCUGGUGGCUUCUAUUGUUGGCGAAGUGCAUUUGCUCACCGUUAUGAUUUGGAUCACCCUCCGUCUGUUCCAGGCCAUCGAUUCCCACUCGGGCUACGAGUUCCCCUUCUCGCUGCACCACUUCUUCCCUCUGUGGGCUGGCUCGGACCACCACGACGACCACCACCAUUAUUUUGUUGGUAACUUUAGCUCGUCGUUCCGCCACUGGGACUACUUCCUUGGCACCGAGACCCCGGCCACUACGCGUCGUCGUGACUUUAAAUUGAAUCCCUUCGAGAAGCGUCACGAGAUCGUCGAGGACCCCGAUGAUUUGGCCGACAAGAAGUCCGCUGAAAAGGCUACCGCCCCUGCUGCUGAUAGCACAACCUAUGCUCAGACUACCGGCAGCAACUAG